AUGGACAGUCCCGAGGCACCCUUUAAAAUGAUGGAUAGUCCUGAGACACCCUUUAAAAUGAUGGACAGUCCCGGGGCACCCUUUAAAAUGAUGGACAGUUUUGAGACACCCUUUAAAAUGAUGGAUACCAGUCUUGAGGCACCCUUUAAAAUGAUGGAUAGUCCCGAGACACCCUUUAAAAUGAUGGACAGUCCCGAGGCACCAUUUAAAAUUAUGGACAGUCUUGAGGCACCCUUUAAAAUUAUGGACAGUCUUGAGACACCCUUUAAAAUUAUGGAUAGUCUUGAGGCACUCUUUAAAAUU